GAGUUAAGACUAGAACCCAAGUCUUCCAGCCCACACUGGACCACAGAGCACCAGGGGAAUAUGCACCUGUCAAGUAAGUCUACUUAGAAAGAUGUCCUUGGAGAAAAUGAAAGAUCUAUGCCUGGAGGAAAAAUACCUUCAACCAGAAACCAAAGAAGUGAAUGGAGUCCUCAUGACCAAGAUAAUGAGUGAUAAUUGGGACAAAAUCUGGAAUUUCCAAGCAAAACCUGAUGAUCUCCUCAUUGCAACCUAUGCAAAGGCAGGCACAACCUGGACACAGGAGAUUGUGGACAUGAUCCAAAAUGAUGGGGAUGUGCAGAAGUGCCAACGGGCUAACACCUUUGACCGACACCCUUUCAUUGAGUGGACUCUACCCCCACCCGGCCACUCAGGUCUCGAUCUGGCCAGUAAAAUGCCCUCUCCUAGAACUCUGAAGACUCAUCUGCCUGUUCAGAUGCUACCACCUUCCUUCUGGAAAGAAAAUUCAAAGAUUAUCUACGUGGCAAGAAAUGCCAAAGACUGUCUGGUGUCCUACUACCAUUUCUCAAGAAUGAAUAAAAUGGUGCCUGACCCUGGUACAUGGGAAGAAUAUGUUGAGACAUUCAAAGCUGGGAAAGUCCUGUGGGGCUCCUGGUAUGACCAUGUAAAGGGAUGGUGGAAUGUGAAAGACCAGCACCACAUUCUCUACCUCUUCUACGAGGACAUGAAGGAGGACCCAAGGCGGGAAAUUCAGAAGAUAUUGAAGUUCCUAGAGAAAGACAUACCAGAGGAAGUUCUGGAUAAAAUCAUCUAUCACACCUCAUUUGAUGUAAUGAAGCAAAACCCAAUGGCCAACUACACCACCUUGCCUACCAGCAUCAUGGACCACUCUAUCUCCCCUUUUAUGAGGAAAGGGAUGCCUGGGGACUGGAAGAACCACUUUACUGUGGCUCAGAAUGAGGAAUUUGACAAGGACUACCAGAAGAAGAUGGCGGGAAGCACCCUGAUCUUCCGCACAGAGAUCUGAGGACAAC